UUGGUCAGUAGCGAGUUUGUUUGAAUAAAAAUUUGGUGGGGGAAACACGUGCUAUUUAAAAAGCCACAAGAAAAUUUCAAUUUUAAAUCAUUGUUAAUUUAUUGUGUAAGUGUUAAUUAUUCUGUGUGAGAGUUAAGUAGUUUGAAUUAGUACCUCCAGCUGCGAAAGAUGAGUGACAUUUGCCACUAUGACCACAAGAAUGAAGCAGAGGAUUUGGCCUGCGAGAUGGAAAGCAUAGGAAUUAGUAAGAGAAAAGGCAGAGGAGUUGUUUCGUCUGGAUUAACCCACGAAUGUGGAGUUUUCGGCGCUAUUGGUACCGGAGAAUGGCCCACGAAAUUGGAAAUUGCUCAGAUUGUCUGCUGGGGAUUGGUAGCUUUACAACACAGAGGCCAAGAAUCCGCUGGAAUAGUGACCAGCGAAGGAAAAUGCUCAAAAUACUUCAACAUAGUCAAAGGCAUGGGUAUGAUAAGCAACAUCUUCAAUGACGACGCGAUAAGAAAAUUAAAGGGCAGUAUCGGUAUCGGGCACACGCGUUACUCUACCUCGGCCGCCUCCGAAGAAGUUAACUGUCAACCAUUCGUGGUGCACACCGCGCACGGUGCUCUCGCGGUCGCGCACAACGGCGAACUUGUCAAUUGUGACAGCUUGAGACGGCAAGUUUUGCAACAUGGUGUCGGUUUAUCGACACAUUCAGACAGUGAAUUGAUUACGCAAGCUUUGUGUUUGAAUCCGCCAGAGGGCGAAUCAGACGGUCCAGACUGGCCAGCCAGGAUUAGGCAUUUCAUGCAGUUGGCACCGCUUAGUUAUUCCCUGGUUAUUAUGCUCAAGAACAAGAUAUAUGCUGUCAGAGACACUUAUGGCAAUAGGCCGUUGUGUUUGGGAAAAAUUCUGCCACAAAAUGAACCUCUGGACGGCGAAUGUGACGAAAGCAGGGAAGCAGAGGGUUGGGUAGUUUCUUCGGAAUCUUGCGGUUUCUUGUCAAUUGGCGCCCAAUACGUCCGCGAAGUAUUCCCAGGAGAAAUAAUCGAAAUGACGCGUCACGGAAUCCGCACCAUCGAUAUCGUGCCAAGACCGGAAGACAAGGCCCAGGCUUUCUGCAUAUUUGAAUACGUUUAUUUUGCGCGUGCCGACAGUAUUUUCGAGGGUCAGAUGGUUUAUGCUGUAAGGAUACAAUGCGGAAGACAACUGGCUAUCGAGCAUCCAGUAGAAGCCGAUAUUGUGAGCGCUGUUCCAGAAUCUGGCAACUCUGCAGCUCAUGGCUAUUCCAGACAAAGUGGUAUUUCAUUUGCUGAAGUUCUAUGCAAGAACAGAUACGUCGGCAGAUCCUUUAUUCAACCUAGUAAUAGGCUUAGGCAAUUAAGUAUUGCCAAGAAAUUUGGUGCCCUAUCUGGAAGCGUAAGAGGAAAAAGAGUAAUACUCAUUGACGACUCAAUAGUCCGUGGUAAUACGAUAGGUCCCAUUAUUAAACUGUUGCGUAAUGCAGGAGCCAAAGAGGUACACAUUAGAAUAGCUAGCCCUCCACUUCUUUAUCCUUGCUAUAUGGGUAUAAAUAUACCAACAAGAGAGGAGCUUGUCGCAAACAAACUUAAUCCCAAGGAGCUGGCAAAUUUCGUGGGAGCCGACAGUUUGGCUUACUUGAGCGUUGAUGGUUUAAUAAAGGCUGUAAGAUCGGACAUCAAAACCAAAACAUCACAAAAAGUUGGCCAUUGCACCGCAUGUUUAACUGGCGAAUACCCUGGGGGAGAACCAACUCAAUUGGAGUGGUAAAUUUGAUAAGUAAAUGUGAAUUUUGAUUUUUUAAUUAAUAGGGGAACUGUCUCCAUUAUCAAAACCUGGACAGAGUGAAAAGUAUUUGGAACGACAGAAAAGGAUUAUACCUACCUAUUUUAAUAUUAUUAUAUUUACCUAUUGAUUUUAUUUUUUUCAUAUAAAAUAUGUAUAUAGGUACGUACUUUGUUUAUAAUAAACAUCG